AUGCGGCCUCGGUUACCCGCAUCGGGAAAAAUUCGUUCUCUUGUCGACACCUCAGCGUUCAGGGAUAUGGCGUUUGUAACCUUCAUCAUCGGUACUUUUCUGACCUUCCUGGUCCUCUACACUGCUUUUUUCUACAUCCAAGUGUUUGAUGAGCUCAAUCAUUUGUCGACAUUGGAGUUUGCACCGUAUACAGUCACAUUGCUGAACGCUGGAAGCGUGAUUGGUCGUUUGCUACCCAUGUACCUCAGCGACAAGUAUGGAGUGUUGAACGUUACAAUCUUUUCUACCUUUGCCUCUGCAAUUUUGGCAUUUGGUUGGAUGGGGCUUAAAAAUUUGGGCGGCAUCGUCGUGUUUACGCUUCUGUACGGAAUUACUUCUGGCGCCACUGUUGUGGGAACACCAGUCGUCGUCAUGGUCGGAUCUCCCGACAUGUCGCGAAUGGGAACGCGUCUGGGUAUGUCAUUUAUUUUCUUCGGAGUAGCUAUCCUUGUCGGCACGCCUAUAGCAGGUGCCAUAUUCGGAAAUUUUACACGCACGCGUUGGCUGGGUGGUAUUGGAUAUUCUGCGGGAGGUUUGACCUUGGGAGCGGCUUUCAUGUGCUUGUCGUGGAUUCCCAUGAGCAAAAAGAAAGGGACAUGGAAAAUUUAG